GCUAAUGUUUGGAAGCAUACCAUCAAUUCUCGAGGGAAGAAUUGAAGUCAGGAUGAAAGGAGACAGCAAAAAUGAAUGGGGAACAGUUUGCAAUGAUCAUUUCGACAUGCGAGAUGCUCAAGUUGUGUGCCGCAUGCUCAACCACAGUGGAGCUGAGUUCGUUGCGUCAUAUGGUUCUGGAUCAGAUGAUUCUCCAAUUUGGCUAGACAAUUUGAAAUGUCGAGGAAACGAGGACUCAUUGAUGGAGUGUAAGCACCGUGGAUGGGGCCAGACAAAUUGUGGCCACUUCGAAGAUGUUGGUGUAAAGUGUAAAAAUGACAGUGCCCCAACUCCACCGGUGGUAGCCCCAAAUAUGACUAAAGGACUACCAGGAAAUGUAACAAUACGGUUACGAGGAGGCCCUACUGAACACGAAGGCCGCAUAGAAAUUACACAUGAUGGACAAGUGGGUACAAUAUGCGACAACGAUUUUGAUAUCAAAGACGCACAUGUAAUCUGCAGGAUGCUAGGAUUUGAAGGAGCUUGGUCGACUAUGUGCUGUGGACGGUACGGGACUGGAACCGGUGCGAUAUGGUUGGAUAGCUUGCAGUGCACUGGAAAUGAAACUUCCUUGUCAGAAUGUCCACACUUAGGCUGGGGGAAUUACUAUAGCGUCUGUACUCAUGCCAACGAUGCUGGAGUUUACUGUAUACCUAAUCCUGUCAUACCUCCGGACAAUAUAAUUCGCUUGGUUGAGGGCACAAGUGAGAAUGAGGGUAGAGUUGAAAUAUUUUACAAGGACCGAUGGGGCACGAUAUGCGACGAUGACUGGGAUCUUAACGACGCCAAUGUGAUCUGUCGCAUGUUAAACUACAGUGGCGCCUUGGCUGCGCCUAUCUUCUCUGCUUACGAUGUUGGCUCCGGGCAGAUUUGGCUGGACGACGUAAAUUGUGUGGGAAAUGAAUCCAGCAUUGAAGAGUGUCUGCAUGGCGGAUGGGGAAAUCAUGAUUGCUCACACAACCAAGACGCCGGUGUUAUUUGCCAAACAAAUGAGAGUGCUCUACCAUCUUACGAAAGCAAGAAAAGCCUGCUGUUCUCUGAACACUGGCGUGGAAUUAUAUUUCAAGUUAACUUAGAAGGAAACGACCACCGAGCCGCCCCUUUACCGAUUGAUCAUCUCCGCGGCUUGUCUGCUGUCGGCUUCGACCCCGUGGAAGAGCUCGUGUACUUUGCAGAAUAUGCUCCAGGGAUAAUCCAGCGUUCACAUCUAAAUGGAAGCGAUGCUGAGACUAUUGUCAAUGGCAUUUACUACGCAAACCGUUUAGCAAUCGAUCAUCUUACCCGCAACAUCUACUUCUCAGACAGCUCGAAAUACAGAAUUGAUGUAGCGACCUUAGAUGGGAUGCACCGAACGGGUUUGAUUUCUACAGUUUGGCCAGAGGGUAUAGCCUUAGACCUUAAAAAUGGACACAUUUAUUGGGCAAGCCAAGGAUACCCACCAACCAUUGAAAGAGCAGACUUGGAUGGAAAUAAUCAAAAAGUUAUUUUCACCUUGACAGAAGAUUCCUAUCCCAGUGGGCUGACGGUAGAUUACAAUCUGAAUCGUUUGUAUUGGACCGAUAGAGGUGUCCAGGAAGUUUACUUCAUUGAUCUACAAACAGGUGGAAACCAAGCAUUCAUAACAAGAGAGAUAAUGGACCCAGUUGACUUGGCUAUACAUGGCGAUACUGUGUAUGUGACGGAUUUAGGAAGCGGUGGCGCAUGGGAUGGUGGGAUUUACAGCUCUCAAUUAGCAGGUCCUGGAAAUUUUUCGCACGAGAACGGUAAUGUCUCUAAACUCAUUGGCUUGAUGAAGUUUACUUGGGGUAUAGACUCUUACGACAAAGACAACAUUUUCCAAACAGACCCUCGUGGAUGCCAACGGAGUGACCAGCAAUGUAGUCACCUUUGCCUCGAUGCGCCAUCCGGGCCACAUUGUGUAUGCCCCAGCGACAUGGAGCUGGUGAACUCAACAACAUGCAAAUAUCUUCGGCUGAUUCUGCAUACCGAGUGUUACUUCAGCGAGAUCUACAAGUCUCCUUUGGGUGGAGAUGACUUGUUUUCAGUGGCAAAUACUCUGCCUCUUGAACAAGUGGCCUGUCCAUCGGCUAUCGCAUCUCACUCGGCAGAGGAGAAGAUUUAUUGGUCGGACCUGACAAUGAAACAUAUCGCUCGUUCAAACCUGGAUGGUACAAAUGAGGAAAUAAUCUUACAAAAUGUGAGUUACUCUAUGGCAAUUGCUGUGGACAGCUACGCAGGAAACAUCUAUUUCACUGACAGGGACAAGAAAACAGUUGAAGUCGCAAAGCUCGAUGGAAAGUACAGAAAAGUGCUUAUUCAGAGCCAAAUGCAUAAUCUGGUUGGCUUGGCGAUUGACAUUCAACGAGGAUAUAUGUACUACUCUGCUUGGGGAAAUCCGACGAUGAUUAACAGGGCACAACUGGACGGAAGCGAUAUUACCACAUUGGUGGAGUUCACUCAAUUUCCCUAUCAGCGACCCACCGCGCUCGCCAUAGAUGUGGACGAAAAUGUUUUGUAUUGGGUAGGAGAUCAGGAUCCUAGUUUGCAAUACAUUGACCUUCGUUAUCCAAAUAGUGAAAUCGUGUAUCACAUCGACUACAGCAAUUACUUACAUUAUCCCUUGGGGCUUGCUCUUGACGCUCACUACUUCUACUGGACGGACUGGUUGCUAGGAAACGUUAUAAGAGCCAGCAGAGGUCUGGACUCGGUUGUUGUCGAGCUGAUUCCCUACCAGUACACACCGAGAGGCGUCAACAUAUUUAACCCUGAGGAUGUACAAGAUUAUCAUCCAUGUGUUGAAGAAUGCAGUCAUCUUUGUCUUUUGAAACCUGGUGGCUAUAAAUGCGCAUGUUCCGCCGACACCGCCACUCCCUGCUUUGAGAGCAUUAACAUCACGAAUGUUUUCGGCUGCACUAACGACCCAAGUCUUUAUUUUAUUGACGACCACCACAUCAAAUGUAUUGAUUUGGAUUCCACUAACAAUACGUACGUAAGCGUUAAGACAGUGAGAGAUGACCUCAUAAAAGGAGGCGCAAUUGAUCUAGACCAUCGGGAGAGAAUGGUAUUUUGGAGUGAUAACGCCUUAUGGACUUUAAAUCGAAUGAGCCUUGUUACUGGUGAAAGUGAGGUCAUUAUUAGAGACGAUCUGGGACAAGUCGAUGGCAUCGCUGUUGAAUGGGAGAGCGGUCUGCUUUACUGGACUGAUUUCAUCUUUGAGAGGAUUGAAGUGGCAACGCUGGACGGGAAAUUCAGAAAAACUUUAAUUUCAACCUCUUUAUACAGCCCUCGUGGAAUUGCUGUCGAUCCAAAGAGUGGGUACUUGUUUUGGACAGACUAUGGAUUCGAUCAUCCAAGAAUUGAACGAGCAGAUCUAACCGGUGAAAAUCGAACAAUCGUGGUUGAAUUUGGAUAUGACUGGUACUUUCAGAUUUUCCCUAUGAGUGUUAUUAUUGAAUAUGAGACCGAGACUAUCUAUUGGAUAGAUCGUUACGACAAUUACAUCGAUCAAGCAGACUUAGACGGGAACAACAAAGCCAAUUUGGAGUUCAUUGUGCAGAACAUAAAUCCCGCAGAUUUAGCUUUGUAUGGCGACUACCUCUACUGGGCGGACAGAAAUAGUCGCAGCAUUGAGUAUUUUAAUAAGACGGAGGGUAAAGGCCAGCAUUAUAACUUUGGACAUCUUACUGAUGACACGCCAGCAGGUGUUGUGGUAUCAGACGAGUCAAGACAACCAGUUGCGUCUCCAAUGAACAGGCCACCGUGUCGUAUUAACAAUGGAGGGUGUAGCCAUCUCUGUUUAUUGGCUCCUAAUGGAGGAAGCAAAUGCGCCUGUCCAAAUGGUGUAGAAUUAGAAGCCGGGGGAAAGACUUGUAGUAACGCUACUCAGCCAAAACCACCACCGCCACCUGUACCAGAUCUAAAAGUACACCUUAGUGGCACCAACUCAUCUCACGAAGGUCGCGUUGAAGUGUAUCAUCAAGGAAGAUGGGGGACAGUCUGCGACGAUCAUUGGGGCAUGAGUGAGGCUACAGUGGUCUGUAAGAUGUUGAACUUCACGGGAGCCAUCCGUGUGGAAUCCUUCGGACCAGGGAACUCUUCGUUUCCCAUUUUAAUGGAUAAUGUCAAGUGCCGUGGCGAUGAAAAAAGUAUCGCUGCCUGUCAGCACAAUGGUUGGGAGAUGAGUGAUUGCGUCCAUGGCGAAGACGUAGGAGUUGUGUGCAGGAAUGAUUCUAUUCCUACCACUGAAGGUCCAACCUUAGACCCAGGCCCUCACCCUGAACUACGGGUUCGAUUGCGCUCUGGAUCUACGUCAAAUCAAGGAAGAGUAGAAAUUUAUCUAAACGACACAUGGGGAACCGUAUGUGACAACAACUGGGGAAUCGAAGAAGCAAACGUCAUUUGCCGCAUGGUGGGGUUCAGCGAAGGUGCUUGGAGUACACACUGCUGCGGCUGGUACGAUGGAUACAGUACACCAAACCAGAUUUGGUUGGACAAUGUGGACUGCGUCGGUGAUGAAACAAGCAUUGCAGAGUGCCGCCAUAGCGGAUGGGGAAGUCACAACUGCUUCCAUUCUGACGACGUUGGUGUAGUCUGCAAAUACACUCCACCCCCAAGGCCAGAUCAAAUUUUGAGACUAGCUGACGGAGUACGUGACGGCGAAGGAAGAGUAGAGAUAUUUCAUGACGGCCAUUGGGGUACCAUUUGCGACGAUCUAUGGGAUACAAAGGACGCGCAGGUGGUUUGCGGCCAACUUGGAUAUAGUGAAGUUCUUGCUGCUCCUGCGUUUGCUACAUUUGGUGAAGGGAAUGGUCAUAUAUGGUUAAGUGACGUGAGUUGCCUGGGCAACGAAAGCUCAAUUGAAGACUGUCCUCAUCGCGGAUGGAGUGUAUACGGCUAUUGCUAUCACGAGGAAGACGCGUCGGUUAUCUGUUCAAAUGAAACCCAGAAUCUAGACGGAGACGAUUUCCUGUUAUUUUGCGAGAGCCGUCGGAAACUGUGUUACUUCAUGCCGCUGCCACAGGAAGCCCCAGCACAAACAAUGGCACUAAAGCUUGGAUUAUACUAUGUGCCCGUCGCAAUUUCCUACGAUCCAAUGCAUGAACAAAUGUACUGGACGGAUGAAUAUGGAAGAAUCUUCCGCGCAUUCAUUAAUAAUGGCUCUAUAGAAUUGGUGGUGACGGGAAUUGGCAAUCCAAUGGGCAUUGAAAUAGAUCUUGUUGGAAGGAACAUCUACUUUGCCGACUAUUACGGCGACAAAAUCAGCAUUGCUUCUCUCGAUGGGGCACAUCAAAAUGUCCUCGUUGACGUACCUAACCCACAAGCGAUCACUUUGGACAGUGACUCAGGGGUCAUGUAUUAUUCAUCACUUGGUAGCAGCCCCAUGAUAUCUAAAGCAGAUAUGGAUGGUAAUAACCAACAAGUUAUCGCAAAUUUGUCAUCCGUGACUUACUACACUUUCCUUGACAUAGUUCUGGAUAAAGCUAGCAAACGCUUGUUCUUUUCUGAUCAAACCAAUGACGUUAUCAAAUACAUCGACUUGACCAAUCAUGAGAUCCAUACGCUGAUUUCCGGAAAUCUUCACUCGCCAACUGGACUGGCGCUGUUUAAAGACACCUUGUACUGGACUGCCACAGGUGAAGGACAAUUCACGGGAGUCGUGUUCAAAGCCAACUUAUCUGACGGCGCGGUGGCAAAGGCGCAGGUCGACGGUCUUGGAGAACCAAGUGGAAUUUAUGCCCACAACUCCAAUUCUUCUCAAGUUCCCGGGCCAUCGCCGUGUGAAAAUAAUGCUGGAUGUUCACAGCUCUGCGUUGUCAAUCCCACUGGUAGUAGAUGUAUGUGUAAGGCUGGACAGGUGCUGGCGGAAGAUGGAAUAUCUUGUAUUCUUGGUGAUGUCAUAUUUGUUGCCGAUACCAAUCACCAGAAAAUCUAUUAUGCUGGGCUCACAGAGAAAAUUCUCAGCCCUCUGCCAAUUUCAAAUAUGGAAACUCCAACUGGUAUUGCUUUUGAUCCAAUCGAAAAGCGAAUCUAUUGGACUGAUCCCAAACUCGGCAUAGUCGCUCGAUCUACAUUUGAUGGAGAGACGUAUGAAGUAAUUCGCGAGAACGUUAGUUCACCAAUGGGCAUCGAUGUGGACCUUGUGGGAGGCAACGUAUUUUGGAUUAACAGCGACAAAAGGACCAUAGAGGUCUCAAAGCUGAACGGCGAUCACUGGAAAGUGUUAGUUUAUAAUUUGCAUCCAUCUCCGGUGGAUAUCGCUUUGGAUACAACAAGAGGGUAUAUGUACUGGUCAGCUGAAGGAUACAUUGAAAGAGCAGAACUGGACGGAUUGAACAGACGCAUAAUUGCCUCUUUGGGUGAAACUUACUACGGUUCCACAAUCGAUGCUAGAGGCCUCACUUUAGACCAUGAAAUGAAUCGCCUCUACUUUGUGAGCUACUUUGAAUAUGCUUUACUGUAUAUAGAUCUCGACUCAGGUAGCCACAGCGUACAAGUUAUGCUGCGAAACUUUCUUUUUUUCUGGGACCCUUUUGGAGUUGCCGUAGAUGACAAGUACGUUUACUGGAAUGAAUAUUCACUUUUUGGAUGGGUGUUUCGAAUUAACAAGAACGAUACAAGCGAUUUUGACCUUUUCCUUCACGGUUUGUACGACCCUAGAGGACUUGCAGUGAAAAAAGGCAAUUAUACACGGAAGAGUGAUAAUCCAUGUGAUGGUAGUUGCAGUCAUCUUUGUCUGGUAAAGCCCGGAGGUUACAAGUGCGCAUGUUCUGAUGAGGAUAGAAACACACCCUGCAGUGAGAGCGAACAAGCUAAUAAUCUUUACGGUUGUGAAAGUGACAACAGUCUUUAUUUUAUCGACCGGCACAACAUUAAAUGCAUUGACCUGAAAUCCGUUAACUCAACCUACGUCAGUGUUAAGACAGUAAGGUCAGACCUUAUUCAGGGCGGCGCAAUCGACAUACACUAUCGAGGAAGGAUGAUUUAUUGGAGUGACAACUCUCUUUGGACGUUAAAUCGAAUGAGUCUAACUUCUGGUGAAAAGGAGGUCAUCAUAAGAGACAAUUUGGGACAGAUAGAUGGAUUGGCUGUUGAAUGGGAAAGUGGUCUCCUUUACUGGACUGAUUUCAUCUACGAGAGGAUUGAAGUGGCGAAGCUUGACGGAAGCUCUAGAAGGACAUUGCUAUCGGAUGGAAUUUUCAGCCCUCGAGGAAUAGCUGUCGAUCCAAAGAAUGGGUUCUUAUUCUGGACAGAUUCAGGACUUUUUGAUAAUCCAAGAAUUGAACGGUUGGAUCUAACGGGUGAAAAUCCAACAGUCAUAGUUGACUUUUCCUGGUAUCAGAGUUAUCCUAUGAGUGUGAUAGUUGACUACGAAACUGAGACCAUCCACUGGAUAGACAGAUACUUUCACGAAUUUCAGCAAGCCGACAUGGACGGGAAUAACGUAGUCUACAAUGCAUACAUCGGACAGAACAUAAGCCCAACAGAUCUCGCUUUGCUUGGCGACUCUAUUUAUUGGGCGGACAGGAAUAGUCACAGCGUUGAGUUUUUGAACAAGACUCAGAAACUAGGCAUGCAUUAUAACCUCGGACACCUCACUGAUGAGUACCCCACGGGUGUUGUGGUGUCAGACAAAUCGAGACAACCUGUUGCACCCAAAUCUCCGUGUCGUAUUCAUAACGGUGGAUGCAGCCAUCUCUGCUUAGUGGCUCCCGGCGGGUUCACCAAGUGUGCAUGUCCAUCUGGUGUGAAAUUAGAAGACGACAAUAUGACUUGCAGUGACGAAGUUAUACCAGAGCCACCUCCACUGCCUGUGCCAGUUGUGAAAGUACGUCUUAGGGGCUCCAACUCCCCUGACGAAGGUCGUGUUGAGGUGUAUCAUCAAGGAAGAUGGGGAACAGUCUGCGAUGAUCAUUGGGGCAUAAGUGAGGCUACAGUUGUCUGUAAAAUGUUGAACUUCUCGGGAGCCAACCGUGUGGAAUCCUUCGGACCAGGGAACUCUUCGUUUCCCAUUUUAAUGGAUAAUGUUAAGUGCCGCGGUGAUGAGCACACCAUUGCGGCUUGUCAGCACGAUGGCUGGGAGAUGCAUAAUUGCUUCCAUAGCGAAGACGCAGGAGUUGUGUGCAGAAAUGACUCUGUUCCUUCUCCUGAAGGCCCAACACUUUCUCCCGGACCACAUCCGGAAUUAAAGGUUCGCUUAAGAUCUGGAAUCACGUCAAAUCAAGGAAGAGUGGAACUCUUCCUUAACGGUACGUGGGGAACCAUAUGCGAUGACGAUUGGGGAAUCGAGGAAGCAAACGUCAUUUGCCGUAUGCUGGGGUAUACUGAAGGUGCUUGGAGUACACACUGCUGCGGUUGGUAUGAUGGAUAUAGUACACCAGACAAGAUUUGGCUAGAUGAUGUGCAUUGUGUUGGCGACGAAGAAAGCAUUGCAGGAUGCCGCCAUGGUGGGUGGGGAAGUCAGAACUGCCUCCACUUUGAUGACGUUGGUGUAGUCUGCAAAUACACUCCAUUGCCAAGGCAAGGUCAAAUACUGAGACUGGCUGACGGAAUACGUGAGGGUGAGGGAAGAGUGGAGAUAUUUCAUGAUGGCCACUGGGGAACUAUUUGUGACGAUUCCUGGGAUAAAAAGGAUGCAGACGUUGUUUGUCGUGAACUUGGUUAUCGGGAGGCUUUGAGUGCUCCCACGGACGCUAUUUUUGGUGAAGGAAAUGGUCACAUCUGGUUGGCAGAUGUGGAAUGUUUAGGUAAUGAAAGUUCAAUCGAGGAUUGUCAGCACAAAGGAUGGAAUGUAAUCGGCUACUGCUUUCACGAGGAAGAUGCAUCGGUCAUAUGCACGAACGAUACUCGAAGUCCAGAUGCAGAUGAUUUCUUGCUAUUUUGCGAUGACAAUCGCAAACUCUGCCACUUUCAGCCUCUGCCUCCGCCCAAUUCUUCUGCACAGCCGAUUCCUUUAAGGAUUACACUCGACUCUAAGCCAAUCGCAGUAGCCUACGAUUUCAAAGAGGAACAGAUGUAUUGGACAGAUUACUAUGGAGAAAUUAGAAGAGCUUCCAUACAUAAUGGCACGGAUGAAGUAGUUCUCAGAGACUAUUUCCUAACGGGUGUACAAAUAGACACUGUUGGAAGGAACAUCUACUUUGCUGACUUUUACGCCGAUAAUAUUAGAGUUGCCUCUCUUGACGGAACCUAUCAAGCGGUUCUAAUUGACGUAGAGUUUCCUCAAGGGAUCGUCUUAGACAUUGAAUCAAGGUACAUAUAUUAUGUAUCGCAUGGAUUAAUCAAUACGACAAUUCAUCGAGCCGAUAUGGAUGGAGAAAACCAGAUGCUUAUCGAAACUAUGCCCUUCAUUCUAAGUUAUACAUACAUUAACUUAGCACUGGAUAAACCUAACAAGCGCUUGUACUUUUCUGACCAAACCCAUGACUUCAUACGCUACAUCAAUCUGGACAAUAAAGAGGUCCGCACAUUUAUUUCCGGAAAUCUCCAUCACCCUAGAGGACUGACACUAAUAAACAAUACGCUGUACUGGACUUCUUCGGGUGACGGAAAGUUUACUGGUGCCGUAUUCAAAGCAAAUAUUACAGACAACCCAGUUGCUCAAGAGAUGAUUGCUGAUCUGGGGGAUCCGUCGGCGAUAUAUGCACACAACUCUAUGAUAACUCCUGAUGAAGCACUAUGUCAGAAUAACGGUGGAUGUGAACAGCUCUGCUUAGUGACUCCAAAUGACCAGAAGUGUAGGUGUAGGUCUGGAAUGGUACUAAAAGAAGAUGGAAAAACCUGUACUCUUGGUGACGUCAUAUUUGUUGCUGAUAUCGGUUCCCAGAAGAUUUCUUACUCUGAGCUGACUAGGGAUAUUCUGACUCCUUUACCAAUUUCUAAUGUACAAAAUCCCACUAGAGUAGCUUUUGAUCCAUUCGAAGACCGUAUCUAUUGGACUGAACCCUCCCUGGGCAAGAUCGCUCGAUCCAAAUUUAAUGGAGAGAUGUACGAAGUAAUACGUAAUAACGGUUCACCAACGGCAAUUGGUUUGGAUCUUGUGGGACGAAAUGUGUUUUGGAUAAACAGCGACGAAGGUACUAUCGAAGUCUCGAAUCUCAACGGUGAUAACUGGAAAGUGCUGAUUUCUGACCCGAAACCGUCACCGCAGGACAUUGUUUUGGAUACGACUCGAGGGUACAUGUACUGGUCGGCUCUAGGUUUUAUUGAAAGUGCGCAACUAGAUGGAUCAAACAGAGCAACGAUUGCACUGGGAAACACCUCCUUCGAUAGACCUUUUGAUGCCUUGUAUAUCACCCUUGACGUUCCAUUUAACCGCAUAUACUUUGUGAGCUACGACGAGUCCGCCAUCUUCUACAUCGAUCUCGAUUCCGGAAACAACUCUAUCCAUACGGUUCUUCAAAAUGUCUUCUUGUUCUUCCAACCACAUGGAAUUGCUGUCGAUGACCAAUACUUAUAUUGGGGUGAAACUUUCUGGUAUGCAAUGGUUCUGCGAGUCAACAAGACCAACUAUGCUGAUGUUUCAGUUGAGGUUUCUGGGCUGCAUGGACAAAGGGGAAUUGCAGUAAAAAAAGGUCGUUAUGAACAAGAAACAAUUCAUCCAUGUAGUAAAAACAGCUGCACGCACCUCUGCUUCAAAAUUCCAUCUGGAUACAAAUGUGAUUGCCCAAAUAUCACAAGCGAUGGACAGAAUUGCUCACCGUCAGUUGUGGUUUGGCCGCCGCCUACGACGACCACAGCACCAACGACCACAGCACCCCCCACAACGCCUAUUGACUACUGUGCCAGCGCACCUUGUAUGAACGGAGCCACGUGCAAAUCUGAACCUGCAGUCAAUAAAAAGUUCCAUUGCCGCUGUGUGGGGUACUUUGGGGGUCCAACUUGCUCGGUUGAUAUAGAAGAAGAAACGGUCCAGUUGGUACUAGCAGUGCCUUUAGCGGAGUUCAAUCUAAAAGACUUCAUACUCUCAAUUGUGGCAGCACUAAAUGAAGAAUGCAAUGCGAACCCUGACUCAUGCCCAAUUAGCGAAAGCCCUGCGUCUAUCGUCAAACGCGCUGUAAAUGGUCCGUUUACACAAGAAGACAUCUACAUUCCCUCUGAUCCAAAAGAAGUUGAUGGAGGAACCCAAGUUGAGUAUGCUGUGGUUAAAACUACUAAUAGAGGCGAACCUGAGCCGGUGUCAGCUUCAUUCGUCGCUGAUGUGACCAAAAAGAACGCAGCGGCGAUUGGACGUAAAAAUGGAGGGGAUGUACUCUCAGUUAAACAGAAACCAGUCAUAAAAUCCACGCCCGCGCCACAAUCCGGACGAUCGAAUGCAGGAGUGAUUACUGGGGUAGUCGUAGCUUUGGGGCUUGUUCUCAUCACGGUUGCCCUGGCCGUCUGGUAUUUCAGAAUGAAGAGGACUGGUAAAUUAAACUUGCCUUAUGUGAGAGAAGUAGACGAGGACGAGUCGAAACGUCGCACCACGGCCUUUGAAAAUCCGGGAUACGACGGCGCCGGCACUGGAGACUACGACGACAUACAUCCGGAGGUCUUCUCUCCGUUUCAAGAAACGACAGAGGCCAGUGGAGUGUCCAAUCCAAUCUAUGCUGAGAUAGGUAUGACUAAAAUGUCCUCUUCCGAGGAUAUCAAACGAGACGAGGCUAACGGUGAGUCCGUUGAUCAAAGCGACGCUUCCCCAGGCGAGCUGCCCAAGAAGGAACCACUUCCAGACGAUAAAGAAGCAAAGCCAGAGUUCGUGGAAAUCAUUGUUCAGGGGGAAGCAUCCAAACAAGAAGAUCCACGAUACGUUUCUUUGUCUUUUGGUAAAGAAAAAGAAGCCAAGAAUGACCAUACGGCAACUGAAAAGGAAAAAGAAGAAGACCGAUACCAAACACUGACAGGAAAUGAUGGUGGACGGACCGCGGUGAUUUUGGAAGAGAACAAACAGCCUAAUGAUCAAUCACAAUCUUAAAUCAAUAAUUCCCUGGAUUUAGUCAGCGCCAAUUAGACACCUUAGAGGGCACUUAAUUCAUUAAAAUUGAUUAAACCUUAAAGGGGGUCUCAAUGGGGUGGUGGCUUUUAAGGCAAACGGUUAACAUUUCACAAUUGCCGCUUAAUUUCUUUCCGUUGCUAUGGGAGGAAAAAUGUUUACGGUUUGUUUUUUUGUAACGACUAAUGGUUAAAAUUUGUCAAUGUUUACGCCUAACGACUACUUAUUUAUUUUUUGUCGUUUUUCGGCUUAACGGUUUACACCGUUGAGAUCCUUGCACAAGAGCUUGUACAAUACGUUUUGGCACAUGUUUUGGCGCAACAUCUUUUGCAACUAUUUUGACCAAUGAACCAAUGAACCAGGACCUAGAUAAACUAAUUAUUGAUUUCUGUUAUUAGUGCCACCAAUGGUAAGGCUACUAGUUUCACUAGUAAAACACAGAUAAUGCCUUUAUUUUCCCCCACUAUUAACUUUUCCACAACUUUUGUAAUUGCUACCACGUAACUAUUACUACUGCCAUGUUUGAUGCUGCAAGUAGUUUUCUUUACUGCCCUUAGUGCUAGCGCUGACGCUAUCUGAAAGGGUGAAAAAAAUUGAAAAUAACUACGAGUGUCAGUAGCGAAGGUAACCCAGUUUUGCACUUUUUACUAAGGUUUUAAAGAAUACAACAACUGGAUAUUAUUCUUCUAAGGUCAAGUACGGAAUACCCAUUUUUUUUAAGUAAUGCGGAGUAUUACACUUUUUUUAAAUCGUCUAUUUACCUUUAAAACAAAAGUGUACUGUGAUUAUCCUUUUUCAAUUUAUUUCUUAUACGUAGGUGGAGUGGUUAUGAAUUCAGAUGUAACCAUAUUUACAAUAAUCGAACAGGUAAGGUCGAAAGAACUGAGAAAAAGGAGGAUGAAAGGAAGGAAUAACUUGAUAGCAGUGGCUCCAAACAGCCUUAGGAAAAAUAAAUCUUCAGGGUUUGUGUUAUCAGUGUCAUAGGUCCAAAGUUUUUACAGAGGGAAAGGGAAAAGAGUGAGAAAAAAAAUAUUUAAACGAUAGAAAGGGAAUGAUAGACCAGCACAUCAUCAACAGAUGAAAGUGAUAUUUUUAAAAGUAAUGAUUGAAUUAAUACUUAACACUGCAGAGCAGAUAUACUAUGCUAUGGCAGUAUAAACAAGUAUUAUUCAGUAGCUGCUUAAACGCUCUAGAAAGUUUAGCAGAGAAAUGUACCUAUCUGUAUGUGAAUGUAACAAAUCAGCAAUCUGUUUUCGGCUUCCUCGGGAUUUCCUGGGAUAAUGACCGACAAAAUUCGUAUAUUAACCAACUACUUUUGUUUUUUUAUUGUUUGGUUUUUUAUUCUUUUUGAUAAAUAAUGGCCGAAAUAUUUUCAUUAGGAGCAAAAUCUAGAGGAUCGUCUCCUUUGAGACACUCUCAAUCAAGGAGCAAUGAAGUCUAUUUUUCGAGGGGAGCGGAUGGGAGGCUGCGAUGCUUUCCAAAGUUCCAACGAAGCUAGGCUAACGAGUGGCUAGCUUUACAAUUAUCGAUUGCUCUCUGGAUUUUCGCUUAAAUCUAUUUUUGUACUUAUUUUUAUUUUGUAAAAUAAACUGUAUAACUUCAACUGCGAAGCCAAUGACCCUAUGGUUUGUCUUUGUAGCUGAAUUAUAGCA